UCUUUUGCUUUUGUUUUGUUAUCAGUAUUCUUUAUAACAAACGAAAAUCAGAAUACGUAUAAAAAAAAAGAAACCAAUCAAAGGGAAGGGAGAAAAAAAAUGGAGCUUGUGUGGUCCAGGUCUUCACUCAUUUUCAACUUUUCCUUCCCUACUAUAAUUCCCACCUGUACUGUCUCUCCUCUUAUUUUUCAUAUACUUUUGCUCCCUAAAUCCUCUCCUUUGGAACUCAAAUUUUGCUUUUGCUUUUCACUUUGCUAACUUUUGCUUCACCCAAAAGUAAUGGAUGGAAAAGGCAAGCUGCGGAUGAUGGGGAAUAUGACGAAGAAGGAAUUAACUGAGCACGGUUGGGAGUCAUCAGAUGAUGAUCUGAAGAUGGGGUGUGUGGAAAGUGAUGUUGAGAGUAGCAAGAAAAAUAAAGUGGUGGCUGGUGGCGGUGGUGGUGGUGGAGGAAGGAUAGGGUUAGGUGGUGGCAGUGGGAGUGGAGGUAUGAGGAGUUGUCAAGCUGAGAAGUGUACGGCUGAUCUGAGUGAUGCAAAGCCAUACCAUAGAAGGCAUAAGGUUUGUGCGAAUCAUGCCAAGGCUCAGAUUGUGCUUGUGGCUGGGAUUAGGCAACGGUUUUGUCAGCAAUGCAGCAGUGUUGCAUGUUUCAUGAGCUAUGGGAAUUUGAUGAAACCAAAAGGAGUUGUCGGAGGCGUUUGGCCGGACACAAUGAACGGCGAAGGAAGAAUGCUGCUGAAUCUCAUACGGAAGGUUCAAGCCACAAAGGGACAGGCAGUCAGUUGAAGGAUAUGGUCUGUGGGCAGGUUAAUGAUAGGGGAAGAAUUAAGAUAACUAUCCAAGAAAAUGCCACUUACAAGCAUUUCCAAACCAGAUAAACUAAUUGCUCUUGAGGUUGCUCUCUAUCUUCUGUCAUGCCACGGAUAUAGUAAUAGUGAUAGUCUUGUUAGUAUAUCAUUAUUGAAGAUUCCUGUUUGUAGGUUAAACAAAUGCUAAGGGCAUUCACUUCAAGGUGGCAGGGGUUGCUGGUUCUGUCACUAGGUAUAUGGUAUUCAGUAUUAUGUGGUUAGCCAAUUAACUCAAUCCCAUGUAUGCUGAUAGGUUAGGAUAUGAUUGUUGACACUAACUUGACCAUCAUUGAGUGCUUUGUUUUCUUAGAUUUUCCAAAUGUGAUUAUAAGGUGCUAUUGUUUUUUUAUAUAA